AUGUUCGAAACCAGCGCGUACCGCGAGAACGAUGUUGUGGACACGCAUGGCGAGGAGGUGCGCAUUUCCGUGGGAGUAUUCAGGAGCCUGCUUAAGUCACAAGACGAGAGCGCGCAGAAGGUGGCCCGCUUGGAAACUCUGCUUUUGGAGGCACUGGCGAAGUCCGAUGGGGGGUCCCGUCGGCGCAAGGCGGAGCGGCAGAGGGAUCCCGAGCAGGGAUGCAUGAACCCAAAGCGCCAGCGUCGCGGCGAGGCAGUGGCAGACUGCCUAUGCGAGCUGGUCCGAGUGCAGCUGUUCUUGAAGAAGCCGGCCGCAACCAUGACUUUCUAUCCGAGCUCUGACGACAAGACUAAUGGCGUUUGCGCAGUGAUUGACCGCCUGCCGCAUAGCUUCACGUGCCUUGCGCUUGCCGCGGACAAGUCCCGCCGUGCUGACCUUAACAAGACGUUGAGCAAGUGGAAGACAAGGGCUGCAGGACGGGUCCGGGACAUUGCGCUCCCUAAGCUUGGAUUCUUCCGUGAUGAGCGCGACGAGGCAAGCCCGUGGGCAAGGGACAACGCACGCACGCUGGAGCAGAUUCGGGAGCGCAUUGGGCUCGGUGCAGAGGAGAGCGAUCUGGUGCUGAGCAACUGGUCAAACAACCGCGACGGGAUGCCCUUUGCGUCUGCCGCGUUUGCAGCGUGCGCAAAGGCUGCCUUCAUUCUGAAGAAGGCUGCACUACUGCUCACUUUGAAGGUUUACCACUUUGCGUGGUUGGAGCACGUGGUGUCCGACAGCAUCAUGUGUUGGGAGCAGAGGAUGGGCCGCCUCUCUAACUCGGCCGGGGGGAACGGCCACGUCGUGAACGGGCUCAAGGGCAUGGCCGGGGCGGGGUCGGGGCCGCAAGUGGGCGGGGCCGCAGGUGGCAUUGGGGCCAGAGUGGGCGACGGGGCCGUAGGUGGCGACGGGGCCGCAGGUGGCGACGGGGCCGCAGCGGGCGACGGGGCCGCAGGUGGCGACGGGGCCGUGGUGGGCGACGGGGCCGCAGGUGGCGACGGGGCCGUGAUGGGCGACGGGGCCGCAGGUGGCGACGGGGCCGUGGUGGGCGACGGGGCCGCAGGUGGGCGACGGGGCCGUAGCGGGGCCUAA